CCACUGAAGCCAAGGCACGUGAAACUGCUGUCCACUAAAAUGGGCCUGAAAGUCACGUGGGACCCACCCAAAGAUGCUACCAGUAGACCCGUGGAGCAUUACAACAUUGCCUAUGGGAAGUCACUGAAAAGUCUUAAAUACAUCAAGGUGAAUGCGGAGACACAAUCCUUCCUUAUUGAGGAUGUGGAGCCGGGGGUGGUACACUUUGUGCUCGUAACUGCAGAAAACCACAGUGGAGUGAGCCGGCCCGUUUACAGAGCUGAAAGUCUGCCUGGAGGUGAAUGGAUCAAGAUUGAUGGUUUUCCCAUUAAGGGUCCAGGACCAUUUAAUGAAACCGUCACAGAAAAGGAAGUGCCAAACAAGCCCUUGCGUGUCCGAGUCCGAUCCUCAGACGACCGGCUGUCCGUCGCGUGGAAGGCGCCACGCCUGUCCGGAGCCAAGAGCCCACGCAGAUCGCGGGGUUUUCUUCUGGGCUACGGGGAAAGUGGCAAGAAGAUGAACUACGUCCCGCUGACGAGAGAUGAGCGGACACACGAGAUCAGGAAGCUCGCCUCCGAGUCGGUGUACGUGGUCUCCCUGCAGUCCAUGAACUCCCGGGGGCAGAGCCAGCCCGUCUACAGGGCUGCCCUGACGAAGCGGAAGAUUUCAGAAGAGGACGAACUGGACGUCCCCGAGGACAUCACUGUCCGGGUCAUGUCAUCCCAGUCGGUGCUGGUAGCCUGGGUGGAUCCUGUGGUGGAGAAACAGAAGAAGGUCGUUGCAUCAAGGCAGUACACCGUGCGCUACCGGGAAAAGGGGGAGCUGGCGAGGUGGGAUUACAAGCAGAUCUCCAACAGGCGCGUGUUGAUCGAGAACCUGAUUCCAGACACCAUGUAUGAAUUCGCAGUCCGUAUUUCACAGGGCGAAAGAGAUGGCAAAUGGAGCACGUCUGUCUUCCAGAGAACUCCGGAAUCGGCUCCGACCACAGCUCCUGAGAACUUAAAAGUCUGGCCAGUUAAUGGCAAAACUACAGCUGUCACUGUAGCGUGGGACGCACUGCCUGAGACUGAGGGCAAAGUGAAAGAAUACAUUCUUUCAUACGCCCCGGCUCUCAAGCCAUUUGGAGCAAAGUCCCUCACCUAUCCCGGAGAGACGACCUCUGCCCUAGUGGACGGUCUGCAGCCUGGGGAGCGCUAUCUUUUCAAAAUCCGGGCCGCAAACAGGAGAGGAAUGGGGCCUCACUCCAAAGCCUUCGUUGUCGCCCUGCCAACAGGCAGGACCAGCGAGUCUGAUGCUCAGCAGAAAACAGACCCGGAAGAGAGCUGGAAACCGGGGACCCCGGAGUCGCCCUCUUCUCCCAAAGCCCCGGCUUCCUCAAAACACACCCCUUCGCCUGCUUCUCCCCAAGGCCGAAAUGUCAAGAACCCUCUUCUUGACUUGAAAAACAAAAUACUGGUCAAUGGUGGGGUGCCCAGAAAACCCCAGUCGACAGAGCUCACAGAUGAGGAGGAGCUGAAUUCCCAAGGGGACCCACCAACCUUGCCAUCGGAGACUCAGGACCAGAAGCGACAGCAGAGGCCACCCAGCAGAACUGUGCACCCCCUCCUUGCUUCUGGAAGGACUCCAGUGCGAGUCCGAACCCCAGCGCUGCCCCGAAAGGAAGGUCUGGAUAAGCCUGGCUCUUCCCUUCCUUCCCACCCUCGUGUGGGGGCCUCUGCCUCUUCUGUCCCCCACACCCCCACGGAAGGCAGCCCUCGGGGCCCUGCCAACCUGCCUUCCAGCUCUACGGACAAUGAUUCACUGGAUGAAGAGGAGGGAGAACCAGCUGCAGGCUCCCCCCACCUCAAAGACGCCUCCUUGGAGCGUCUGCGGCCCAAGAGUACAUCCCCUGCCCGGCCAGCCCAGUGGCCCAGCCGCCAGUCGGCCUCCAGUGCCCCGCGCAACAGAAGCCCAGCGCACCAUGGCACAAAACCGGCCUUGCCCGCUCGGAGGGCUCCCCAUUCUGAGGUUGGGGAGGAAAAUUCAAGGGCUUCAGCACCACCGCUCUCCAGGGGCCGUAAGGAUGGUCACGAUGUCCCAGCCGCUAAGCUUAGUGCGCCAACACGCCCUACCAAGCCGUCCCCGGCCUCCUCACGCCUCACCUCAAGGACGCAGGUCCCUGGGAGAGGGGACAUCGAUGGUGACGAUGACGCAGAAGAUGAAGGGAGGCAGGCCGAGGUCACGGCCCAGACGCUCCGGGCCCGGCUGCCCACAGGUCCAGCCGCCUCUGGCCAUUCCAGUGCGCACAGGAACAAGCCCUUUGCUGCCCAUGGUAGAUACCCGAACAGGUUCGGCUCUGGCCGAGGACCCCGACUGCAAUCCUCCAGCUCCCCGUUGUCCACCGUGUCUCCCCGAGUUUACGCAAGGGGGAAUUCUCACCCAGCUCCUGAUCUUAGGCGUGGCUCCGGCAUCCACGCGGAGGAGAGCGAAGCAGAAGACGAAAGGCCCCUUUCAGCUACGGUGGUGCAGGACCACGUGCCUUCCUCCUCCAGGCAGCCUGCCUCCCGGGGCAUGGACCACCUAAGAAGGGGCCCCCAGAGAGGCUCGAGCCUUCCGCGGAAGCAGCCCCUGGCAGAGAACCCCAAAUCCGCGGGGACCUGGGCAGCUGCGCACCUUCCGGACACAUCUCUGUCCCCUAAGGCGCAGGAUGUGCAACAGAGCACAGAUUCGGGUGAGGAACGGGAUUCUGUCAAAACGCUGAGGUCCCCUGCUCGGCUGCCUGCAGCGCAGUCCCAGCACCACCCCGGCUCCAGCGCGCCCAGAAGGAAGCCCGCGUUCCCCCAGGCUGGGCGUCCACACCCUGCGUCGCAGGAGAGCACCUCCUCCGACCCUUACGCUCACUGGUCCAGCAGCAGAGAGUCGUCCCUCCCCACGAGCUCCCGAGGGGCGCCCCCCACGUCUCCCCAGAAUCAGAAUGAGGAUUCCGAGAGCAAAUAUGGUGGAAACCAGGACGACAGCACAGAAGCAGAGGCCCAAGGUGUCCAGGCGCCCGCACAUUCGGCCGGGGCCAAGGACACCACCGCGGCCCUUCCCAAGCACCGCCAGGUGGAGGCUCCGACCGGGAGCACCGGCUACAAUCAUCUCCGCAGACCCACGGGCUCCUCCCCGAGGCCCGGCAGGCCCUAUGCCCCCGCCCGCUCCAGGGUCCCCGGCCGGGCAGGGCCCCAAGCGGUGGAGAAGAAUGACAGGGAGUCUCAGGCCACACCAUCCAAGAAGGAGCCCCUGACGUCUAAAUCUCAGCAGUCCGUCUCCGCCAAGGAGGAGGAUGAAGACACUGGGAUUUUCAGAGGAAAGGAUGAGGACCCACUAUCUUCCUCUGUUUCAAAGUGGCCCUCCUCCGUCCCCAGGGGCAGCAAGUACGCAGAUGGGAACAGUGCUGAGACAGAGUCUGCCACUGUGCCUGCUCCCCGCAGAGGGAGCUCCCCCCAGGAUGAGAACCCCACUCUGAAGCAUCCUCCUCCUCCAGGCAGCUCCCCCAGAGACUCCCACCUCCCGCCCAGACAUCCCCCUCGCAGCCCUGGCGUCCCCAGUGCCCCUGUGGGCACCCCUGCCCGGCCACGUUACACCACGCGCGCCCCUCCGGCCUACACCUCCACCACCCCCAUGCUGUCCCUGCGACAGCGAAUGAUGAAUUCAAGGUUCCGGAACCCUUUCUCACGCCCGCCUGUGAGACCCCCUCUCAGACAAGGUUAUAAUGGCAGACCGAGUGUAGAAGCGAGAGUACUGCCUGGUAGUAACGGAAAACCGAGCGGACAAAGAGUUAUCAAUGGCCCUCAAGGAACAAAGUGGGUCGUGGAUCUUGAUCGUGGGUUAGUAUUGAAUGCAGAAGGAAGGUACCUCCAAGACUCACAAGGCAAUCCUCUUCGGGUGAAACUAGGAGGAGACGGCCAAACCAUUGUGGAUCUGGGAGGGACCCCGGUGGUGAGCCCUGACGGGCUCCCCCUAUUCGGGCAGGGGCGACAUGGCAAACCCCUGGCCAGUGCCCAGGACAAGCCAAUUUUGAGUCUUGGAGGGAAGCCCCUGGUGGGCUUGGAGGUCAUCAAGACAACCACCCGUGCCCCCACCACAACCACGAGACCCACCACCACCCCUCGGCCCACCACAACCCUGCGGCCUAGGAUCACCACCCACCGAACCACCACCACCAUGCGCCCAACGACCACCAUCCGAACCACUACACAGACAACCACCACUACCACCACCACCCCCGUCCCCACCUGUCCCCCUGGGACUCUGGAGCGGCAUGACGAAGAUGGCAACCUGAUAAUGGGCUCAAGUGGGGUGCCGGAGUGCUACCCUGAAGAAGAUGAUUUCUCAGGAUUGGAGACCAGCCUGGCCACACCCACGGAGGAGGCCUACGUUGUCUAUGAGGAAGAUUACGAGCUUCAGACCCCGAGGCCCCCGGCCCCCCGCGAGCCCUCCACCGCGCCGGCCCCGCCCGCUGUCAUCCCGCCAGAAGGCACCAUCAGCUCCUUUCCUGAGGAAGAAUUCGAUCUGGCUGGAAAGAAACGAUUUGUUGCUCCUUAUGUGACGUACCUGAAUAAAGACCCAUCAGCUCCUUGCUCUCUGACCGAUGCUCUGGAUCACUUCCAAGUGGAGAGCCUGGAUGAAAUCAUUCCAACUGACAUGAGGAAGAGCGACAUGCCACCUCAGCAUGCCCCCCGCAAUAUCACCAUUGUUGCUAUGGAAGGCUGCCACUCAUUUGUCAUUGUGGACUGGGACAAAGCCACCCCGGGAGAUGUGGUAACAGGUUACUUGGUUUACAGCGCGUCCUAUGAAGACUUCAUCCGGAACAAGUGGUCCACACAAGCUUCAACUGUCACUCAUCUGCCCAUUGAGAACCUGAAGCCAAACACAAGGUAUUAUUUUAAAGUUCAAGCCAAAAAUCCUCACGGCUAUGGACCCAUCAGCCCCUCGGUCUCAUUUGUCACAGAAUCAGACAAUCCUCUGCUUGUUGUGAGGCCGCCAGGCGGUGAGCCCAUCUGGAUCCCAUUUGCUUUUAAACAUGACCCUGGCUACACGGACUGCCACGGCCGGCAGUAUGUGAAGCGGACGUGGUAUAGAAAGUUUGUGGGAGUUGUUCUCUGUAACUCACUGCGGUACAAGAUCUACCUCAGUGACAACCUGAAAGAUACGUUCUACAGCAUUGGAGACAGCUGGGGAAGAGGUGAAGACCAUUGCCAGUUUGUGGAUUCACACCUCGAUGGAAGAACAGGGCCUCAGUCCUACAUAGAGGCCCUCCCUAGCAUUCAAGGCUACUAUCGCCAGUAUCGCCAGGAGCCCGUCAGCUUUGGCAACAUCGGCUUUGGGAGCCCCUAUUACUAUGUGGGCUGGUACGAGUGUGGGGUCUCCAUCCCAGGGAAGUGGUAACACAGGACGAGCAUGCCGAGAGCUGGCCCUGUCCGGCCCCCUUGACUAACUUGCACUAAGGGCUGUGAGCAGGAAAAGGAAGACGGUGUCCCGAGCCCCUCUGCCCUGGUGUCAGCAAGGCCACGCGAUGGACACUGGAUAUUUGGAGCAUGUUCAGACUGGAACUCAGCCCCGCUUCCUGGCCUGGACUGCACACAGGACUCAAUGUUGCCGUUAACUUUGCUUCUUCACACGUUUUGCUUGGAAUUGCACGCCCAGAGACAACCAAAACACGCGGCUACAGGAGAUGCCCACGGAUUCGGGGCGACUUUCACACUUCGUAGGCACCAAAUUCAGACCCCUCGGGUCUCCAGGGAACAGCAGAAGCUGGCUUCAUGGAAUGCUGCACGCUUUAUUUCUUCAGUGGGCUCCUCCAAAAUGAGCUGACUUUACGCUUCAGGUCUCUUUCUGUGUAGGACUGAAUUACUAAAAUCACCCCCAAAGGAAAUCCAUCCUACUUAAGAUUUAUCCCGUGGACUUACCCACUGCUAGACCAAAUGUAUCAAUCUUCUUUGUAAAUUCCAAUUUUGAUAUAUAUAUGUAUAUAUGCAUAUACAUAUCCACACUUGUCUGCAAGAACAUUGAUUAAAAUUGCU